AGAUUUAUUGGAGUAUAGUCUUAAAAAUCUAUUCUGCCUAACAGAUCUUAUGCCUGUGAACACCUCCGCCGUUACAACUAGUUGAACCCGUUUUGCUUUUGGUGGAAAAACUACAUAUGGCGUUUUCGUCAGUUUCUGACGAACUUGUAGAAGAGUUCAAUCAAAAAGAAGAAAAAGAAGGAAGUAUUCUUGAAGUUGGUGAUCAAGCUGUUUGGUCCCUUUCAUCAUGCAAAGCUGGCUUUGGAAUUGAUCAACUAAGAGAUGACAGCACUGACACAUACUGGCAAUCUGAUGGUCAAUUACCACAUUUGGUCAACAUUCAAUUUAGAAAGAAAACCACCAUUCAAAACAUCUGGAUAUUUGCAGACUAUAAGGCAGAUGAGAGUUACACUCCAAGUCGAAUAUCCAUAAGGGCUGGAACAGGUUUCAGUGAUUUGCAAGAAGUAGAAGUAGUAGAACUAAAUGAGCCAAAUGGUUGGAUAGCAAUCCCACUAAAGGAUGCCCAAGACAAGUACAUUCGUACAUUCAUGCUUCAAUUAGCUAUACUCAGCAAUCACCAAAGUGGCCGUGAUACUCAUCUCCGAAAUGUUAGAGUUCAUUCCCCAGUUUCACAAACCAUGGUUGCAAUCAAACCGUUACAGAAUUUUCAAUUUUUAAGCAGAGAAAUGUGCAUGUUUAACACACUGAAGUAAAAAUACAAUACAUGAGGUUACUUGCGGUA